GCAAUCUAUCUACUCUUACUAUUACUUCUCUCUACUUUCUCUCUCUAUAUACUUCUUCUCUUUUCUUGCUUCUGACGAGGCGGGGCGCCUACCCCCUCGAAGUCAUGGCUGACGCCCCAAACCCCUUGGACCCGAGUGACGCCCAGUCGCCCGGGCUCAAACAAUUGGCGCCCACCGUGGGGCCAAGCAUGACUUUGAAAGACGCUUCCAACUCAAAGAAGGGGGAAGAAAGGAGUCUGGCACCAACGAAGACCCCUAUCAAGCAAGUCGUUGUUCGAGAAGCGAUCAACCCUCAACCACAAUUCAUCCACCAAGCUUGGGAACACCAUCCAAAGUUUGGAAGCAUCCGACGACGACGAUCCAUCAGGAGAGGGAGAAGACACGGAGCGCCUGGAGGGCCAACUAGCGAAGCUUCGGGAAAAGCAAGCACUUCAAAUGGCCAGCAUGCAAGGCCAACUGGAUCAAGUCAUGACCGCGUUGUCAGCACUGACAAAGGCAAACGAUCAUGCGCCUCCCAAUCCCCAAGAAGCCACAGAGGAGAGGAGGCGCCUCCGAGGAAAGAUGCAAGAGGUUGAGGUCCUACCCAUGAACUCCCCACGGGAGGGUGUGGGCGCCUCACCCAAGGAGGACGCAAUUGAAGCUGACGACGAUGUCUACCUGGAGAAGUACGCAUGACUCAACUACGGCGCCUCGGAAGAAAGAAGCGCCCUGGAAUUUUUGUAGGGGAAGGGGCGCCCUUUAAGUAGGCGUAACCCAAAGACACCCUAAGAGAGGCAAAAGCGUGCUAGGAGGAGUCCUUUUAUUCAGUUUAGGUUGGUAAUUUUAGGAAUUUUCGGGGAAAGGGAUGCGCCCUGGCGAUACCCCAUGUAAUUCCCUAUUUUGCUCAAGGAACGGAUAUUCACUACUCGGCAAUGCAAAGCUAUCCCUGUUUUAACAGAUGGAGUCACCCCAGACUCGCUUCCUCCGUCGAGGAGAAGCCUAAGCGUGUUACCACCUUCUCAGGGGUACACGUAAGAAAAAUCAAGUUUUGCUUAAGGUAGUCAUCUUAACAAAACCUUUUACCAGCAACCAGCGGAAGAGCCUUAGUGCUUACGCUCGGAUCUUCAUCCGAGCGUCGGGCGCUUGUUUUACGAGUCCCCAUGAGAGGUGGCGCCUUGGCCAUAUCCCUCGCAAAAUUCCCUGCUUUGCCAGAAGGGGUCACCCAGACCCGCUUCCUCCGUCGAGGAGAAGCCUAAGCGUGUUACCUCCUUCUCAUGGGUACAUGUAAGAAAAAUCAAGUUUUUCUUAAGGUAGUCACCUUAGCAAAACCUUUUACCCACAACCAGCGGAAGAGCCUUAGUGCUUACGCUCAGAUCUUCAUCCAAGCAUCGGGCACUCGUUUUACGAGUCCCCAUGAGAGGUGGCGCCUUGGCCAUAUCCCUCGCAAAAUUCCCUGCCUUGCCAGAAGGGGUCACCCAGACCCGCUUCCUCCGUCGAGGAGAAGCCUAAGCGUGUUACCUCCUUCUCAGGGGUACAUGUAAGAAAAAUCAAGUUUUGCUUAAGGUAUUCACCUUAGCAAAACCUUUUACCCGCAACCAGCGGAAGAGCCUUAGUGCUUACGCUCAGAUCUUCAUCCGAGCGUCGGGCGCUCAUUUUACGAGUCCCCACUAGAGGUGGCGCCUUGGCCAUAUCCCUCGCAAAAUUCCUGCCUUGCCAGAAGGGGUUACCCAGACCCGCUUCCUCCGUCGAGGAGAAGCCUAAGCGUGUUACCUCCUUCUCAGGGGUACAUGUAAGAAAAAUCAAGUUUUGCUUAAGGUAGUCACCUUAGCAAAACCUUUUACCCGCAACCAGCGGAAGAGCUUUAGUGCUUACGCUUAGAUCUUCAUCCGAGCGUCGGGCGCUCGUUUUACGAGUCCCCAUGAGAGGUGGCGCCUUGGCCAUAUCCCUCGCAAAAUUCCUGCCUUGCCAGAAGGGGUUACCCAGACCCACUUCCUCCGUCGAGGAGAAGCCUAAGCGUGUCACCUCCUUCUCAGGGGUACACGGAAGAAAAAUCAAGUUUUGCUUAAGGUAGUCAUCUUAGCAAAACCUUUUACCCGCAACCAGCGGAAGAGCCUUAGAGCUUACGCUCGGAACUUCAUCCGAGCGUUAGGGCACUCGUUUUACGAGUCCCCAUAAGAGGUGGCGCCUUGGCCAUAUCCAUCUCAAAAUUCCUGCCUUGCCAGAAGGGGUUACCCAGAACCGCUUCCUCCGUUGAGGAGAAUCCUAAGCGUGUUACCUCCUUCUCAUGGGUACACGUAAGAAAAAUCAAGUGAGAGGUGGCGCCUUGGCCAUAUCCAUCGCAAAAUUCCUGCCUUGCCAGAAGGGGUUACCCAGACCCGCUUCCUCCAUUGAGGAGAAGCCUAAGCGUGUUACCUCCUUCUCAUGGGUACACGUAAGAAAAAUCAAGUUUUGCUUAAGGU